CAUCGUGCUUUCUCUCUUUAUCACUCAUGCAAGGCUCGCCCCGUGGGCUUGCCCUUAUCUCAGCUACACCUACUUGCACUCAGAUGAGAGGCAACUCAGGAUGAAUGAAGUGGCACACGCAACCACAGACUGCUGACGUUGUGACUGCCUUUCUCAGUGCCAUGGAAAAGCCCUAUGACCCAGAGGUCAAGUUCAAGGCGAGCAUGGAAAUCGCCUCGCCCCGACCCGCCAAUGUGGCCAGAGGACAGUGGUCCAACAAAAUGGAGUUUCUCCUCGCAGUUGCUGGACAAAUCAUCGGACUUGGAAACGUGUGGCGGUUCCCUUACUUGUGCUACAAAAAUGGAGGCGGGGUGUUCUUUAUCCCUUAUGUACUCUUCCUCUUUACAUGUGGCAUCCCCCUGUUUCUGCUGGAGACGGCUCUCGGCCAGUACACGAAACAGGGAACCAUUACCUGCUGGAAGAAAAUUUGUCCCCUCUUUGGAGGGAUGGGAUAUGGCAGUCAGGUGGUAGUUUUAUACUCCAGCAUCUAUUACAUCAUCAUAUUGGCAUGGGCAUUCUUGUACCUCUUCUCUUCCUUCAGCUCUGAGCUUCCAUGGGCAAGCUGCAGAAACAGCUGGAACACAGAGACGUGUGUGGAGUUCAGUCAAAGACGUGCUCUCAACUGGACUGUGGCAGAAAAUGCAACAUCCCCUGUGAGGGAGUUUUGGGAGAGAAGAGUCCUGAACCUGACAGGAAGUCUUCAUGAUUUGGGCGGUUUUCGAUGGGAAUUGGCUUUGUGUCUUCUUUUGUCUUGGAUCAUCUGUUACUUUUGCGUGUGGAAAGGAGUCAAGUCCACAGGAAAGGUUGUGUACUUCACGGCGACGUUUCCGUACGUGAUGCUGGCCGUGCUGCUUGUCCGUGGACUCACGCUGCCCGGGGCGAUAGAUGGCAUAAAGUUUUACCUCUACCCGGAACCAUCUCGCCUUGCUGAUCCGCAGGUCUGGAUGGACGCUGGCACCCAAAUAUUUUAUUCCUAUGCUAUUUGCAUCGGCUGUUUGAUGGCACUUGGCAGUUAUAACAAGUACAACAAUAACUGUUAUAAAGAUUGCGUUUACUUGUGCCUCCUGAACAGCGGGACCAGUUUUGUGGCCGGUUUUGCCAUCUUCUCCGUUCUUGGCUUCAUGGCUUAUGAGCAGAACACAGAUAUAUCCAAAGUAGCGGAAUCAGGUCCUGGCCUGGCGUUCAUCGCUUACCCUCGAGCUGUGGCCAUGAUGCCGUUUCCACAGAUUUGGGCCAUUUUCUUUUUCAUCAUGAUCAUCCUGCUUGGACUGGACAGUGAGUUUGUAGGUCUGGAAGCCAUUGCCACCGGUAUUUGUGACCUGAAACCUUCCUUCUUCCAUGUUGGGCAUAGACGUAAAAUACUUCUACUCCUCAUCAUUGUUUUCUGUUUCUUCAUCGGCCUCAUAAUGGUCACUGAGGGAGGAUUGUACAUCUUCCAGUUGUUUGACUACUACGCCUGCAGCGGCAUGACUCUGCUUCUCUUUGCCAUCUUUCAGUCUGUGUGUAUUGGAUGGAUUUACGGAGCAGAUCGUUUCUAUGACAACGUCGAGGACAUGAUUGGGUACAGGCCUUCACCACUGAUUAAACACUGCUUGAAAUAUGUUACUCCAAUCAUCUGCAUGGGAACAUUUUUCUUCUCCUUGGUCAAAUACAAACCUCUGAAGUUCAACAACACCAUUGAGUAUCCAUGGUGGGGUUAUGCUCUGGGCUGGUGGUUCACUCUGUCUUCCACGCUCACCAUUCCUUUGUGGAUGGUGUACAACCUGAUUACCACUCCCGGGACACUUCGUCAGCGGUUCGCCACCCUAUGCGAGCCAUCAGAGGAUCUUCCGUCACCCAAAUUGAACAAGAAAGCACUUGAACUGCGCAACUUGACGCACAAAUCAGACAGGUUCUGAGAACAUCAACAUUGAGCACUUCCAUUGAACACUGUGAGGCACAACAAACAACUUUAAAUAUCUUUACUAAACCAAAGAUGACAUUCACAACCUGGUUUUCUCCUUUCCAACCACGCUAUACUAGAUUAGAAAAUAACCAAUCACGGAGUCAGUGUCUCAUUGUUUGUCCAUUCCUAUCCUCCAAUAUUUGAUGGUUUACAUGAAGGGAAUAAAAAAGGCAAAGUUGUAAGGUGUAGCCAAAAGCUCCACAAUGACAAAAAUGCCAUGCGGUCAUUUACAACUUUUGGACUUCGAUAGGAUAAAACUGUUUUCUGCUUACUAAGGACAAGAACACAGAACCUGGCCAGAGGUCCAAUAAUCACAAAUCCCUUUUUAUCAUCUUCUAUCAAAAACAUUAUUUAAGUUCAAAUUGAUGAGGCUGUUUUUUUGUUUUUUGUUGAUGGAAGUAUUUAAGUGGAACGGUCGGGGGGCCAAUUAAGCCAUACAGAUAAACUAUUUGCCAGUAGAUCAUUGAAAGUGGAAUAAAGCAGAAAUAUUGAGUCCAGACAAAUGGACUUUGUGUGAAUUUAGGCCAAGUGAGCCAACAACAACCUUUUUCAGAUUCUAUAAAAGUGCCUUAAACCUUUAAAUUGUUCUUCCAGGAGAAAGGAUCUGCACCAAAUUGUCACCAGAAAUGUUUCACAAUAUUCACUGACAAUUUAAGGAAAAUAUAUCCUGGAUCCAAAACUAGAUUUAAAACCAAAACAAAUAUGCAAAUAUCCACUUCUGCAUAUGCAGGAAAUUAAGCAACAAUCCUGGAUCUAUACCCUUAAUUUCUAAAUAAAAAUCGGGGUCAUUUUAUACUGUAUUCCACAAAUUGUCAUCAAAAUCUGUCUCUUUGUUUUGAACAGAAUCCUACUAAACAAACAUAAUCAAACAAACUAAACUAUAAACAGAAGCAAAAACAUUCCAUCCUUUGCAGAGAUAACCACAGAUGGAGUGACACACAAUGUCAAUCGUUAAUUGGAUAUGUGCCAAAAUAUACACCUUCUUCCACAUGCUUGAUUUGUAUUUUUUAAAUUUGGUUCCAAAAACAAUACAUAAAAAAUCGCUAGUAUCCGCUGGCUCUGCAAUAAAACUUCAACGUGUUCUUCUAUGGCCUUUGGUCACUCCAUCUCAAAAUUUCUCAGAAAUCAUCGAUAAUCCUCGUUGGAAGGAAAGAACACUCAAAACUUAACUACUAUAAGGUAAUAAGUUGAUGUGGACGUGGCAUUUAAACUCACUCCAAAAAUCUUUUAUGAAGCCACAAAACAUCAAAUUCAAUGAUUCAUCUUCUAUCAAAAACAUUAUUUAAGAUCAAAUUUAUGAGGCUCUUUUUUGUUUUUAUUUUGUUUUUUUGUGUUGAUGGAAGUAUUUAAGUGGAACGGUCGGGGGGCCAAUUAAGCCAAACAGAUAAACUAUUUGCCAGUAGAUCAUUGAAAGUGAGGCACGGUGGCCGACUGGUUAGAGCGUCAGCCUCACAGUUCUGAGGACGCGCGGGUUCAAUCCCCGGCCCCGCCUGUGUGGAGUUUGCAUGUUCUCCCUGUGCCUGCGUGGGUUUUCUCCGGGUACUCCGGUUUCCUCCCACAUCCCAAAAACAUGCAUGAAUUGGAGACUCUAAAUUGCCCGUAGGCAUGACUGUGAGCGCGAAUGGUUGUUUGUUCCUAUGUGCCCUGCGAUUGGCUGGCAACCAGUUCAGGGUGUACCCUGCCUCCUGCCCGAUGACAGCUGGGAUAGGCUCCAGCACGCCGCGACCCUAGUGAGGAGAAGCGGCUCAGAAAAUGGAUGGAUGGAUGGAUGGAUCAUUGAAAGUGGAAUAAAGCAGAAAUAUUGAGUCCAGGAAAAUGGACUUUGUGUGCACUUCAGCGUACUGAGCCAACAACAACUUUUUCAGAUUCUAUAAAAGUGCCUUAAACCUUCAAAUUAUUAACCACCCCCCCACCCACAAAAAAAAAAAGGAUCUUUUUAAGGAAAACAUAUCCUGGAUACAAAACAAGAUUUAAAACCAAGACACUCACUUCCUGGAUAUGCAGGAAAUUAAGCAAUAAUCCUGGAUCUAUACCCUUAAUUUCUACAAUAAAAAUGUGGGUCAUUUUAUACUCUAUUCCACAAAUUGUCAUUUAUUAUAUUUAUUUAUAAUGUUUAUUAACAGAAUCCUACUAAACAAACUAAACUAUAAACAGAAGCAAAAACAUUACAUUCUUUGCAGAGAUAACCACAGGUAGAAUGGCACACAAGGUCAAUCGUUAAUUGGAGAUGCGCCAAAAUAUACACCUUCUUGCACAUGCCUGAUUUGUACUUUUUAAAUUUGGGUCCAAAAAAAUACAAAAGAAUCACUGGUAUCCGCUGGAUCUGCAAUAAAACUUCAAUGUGUUCUUCCAUGGCCUUUGCGCCACUCCAUCACAAAAUUUCUUAUAAAUCGUCGAUCUUGCAUAAUCCUCGUUGGAAGGAAACAACACUCAAAACUGAACUACCACAAGGUAGUAAGUUGAUGUUGUAGUGGCAUUUAAACUCACUUCAAAAAUCUUUUAUGAAGCCGCGAAACAUCAAAUUCAAUGAUUCCAUAUGGAAGUCUAUCAACUAAUGGGUGUCUUACCGUCAUUUAUACAAUAUAUGUGGUCCAAACACUGAAGGGUUUCUGACCUGUCCAGGCUCCAGCUGCUGUACAAAUUGCACAUGGUCACUGGGAAUUGGGAAGCAUUCAGCUACCAGUGGCGAAGAGAAACAUACUGCAAACUUGUGGUUAUCACAGAGGAUAUAUUUGUAACCAUUAAAUGGAUUAUAUAGUUUUUAUUGUUACCAGGCUUUCCGAGUAAUGGAAAACAUAAACAGCGUUACAUAAUUGUUUUUCUUGUUUAUUUUUUUUCGAUCCAUCCAUCCAUCUUUACCUCUUAGCCGAGGUCGGGUCGGGGGGGGCAGUAGGUUUAGCAGGGACGCCCAGACUUCCCUCUCCCCAGCCACUUCAUCCAGCUCUUCCGGUGGGAUCCCGUGGCGUUCACAGGCCAGUCGAAAGACGUAGUCUCUCCAGCGUGUCCUGGGUCGUCCCCGGGGUUUCCUCCCGGUGGGACGUGCCCGUAACACCUCAUUAGGGAGUCUUCCGGGAGACAUGAGAAUCAGAUGCCCCAGCCACAUCAUCUGGCUCCUCUCGAUGCGGAGGAGCAGCGGCUCUACUCUGAGCUCCUCCCGGAUGACCGAGCUUCUCACCCUAUCUCUAAGGGAGAACCCGGACACCCUGCGGAGGAAACUCAUUUCGGCGAUCUUGUUCUUUCGGUCACAACCCACAGCUCGUGACCAUAGGUGAGGGUAGGAACGUAGAUCGACCAGUAAAUUGAGAGCUUCGUCUUUCGGCUUAGCUCCUUCAACACAACGGACUGAUACAAAGUCUGCAUCACUGCAGACGCUGCACCGAUCCGCCUGUUUUUAUAGCAACUGUGUUCUGCUACAGUUACAGGGGAAAACAAUUAAUCAGACAACAGGUAUAUUUUGUAAAAAAUGGGAUUAUUUUGCAGGAUUAGAAUUUGAAUGCAGGAGAGGCUGGUUGUUGACUUGAGCCCUCGGCCGCGUUCAAGCUAGCUAGCGGAGGCAGACACACUUGUCGAGACUUAACAGCAAAACAAGUGGAUCCGUUGACACAUUACAGUAUAGCUCAAUAGGCCACUCGCAUCGAUUGUAGCCACGAUAUUGUGAGCAAACCAUGUGAUAAUUUCUUCCAAUUGCUUAAUUAGCUGAAGCUACCACUAAAUGCAAAGGUUGCCUUCAUGCGCUUGUCUUAUUUUCAUUCGUUAUAACACACACUGCGACACUGCGUCAUGUGGAUGGGUUUUAAAAACGCUUUUAUGAAGCUCGGCCGCACAGUAUAACAAGUGGUUAGCAUGUCUGCCUCACAGGUCUGUUGUGGGUUUGGUGCGCCGGCUUCCUCCUGAAUUUACAACACAGAAAUGACCAGGCAAAUAUAUCUACGUAUAGAUUAUGAUGAUAUAUAGUUUUUAAUGAUAUAGUUUUUUGACUAUCAUAUUUUGUAUUGGAUUUAUCCAAAAGUAAUUGAACGUAAUCAGUUUACAUUGAUAUUAUGGUACUUGGAUUACAUUACUGACAUUUUUUAACAGCUAACUAGUUUCAAGUAAUCUUCCCAACCCUGAUUGUUACAUUAUUUUUACAGUCUUAGUUUUUUUUUUUAAAG